AUGAGAAGUCUGCGGUUCUUCGUCCUGCUUGUGAGCAUCACCUGCCGUCCGGGCCUCUCACAGGAUGUAAGUGGAACUCCUAAAGAGGCAGAAAUCAACAACAACAUCACCAUCUUCACUCGGAUCCUGGACGGACUGCUGGACGGCUAUGACAACAGACUCCGCCCAGGAUUGGGAGAGAAGGUGACAGAAAUCAAAACCAACAUCUUUGUCACAAGCUUUGGUCCAGUGUCUGACACUGAAAUGGAAUACACCAUUGACGUGUUCUUCCGUCAAAGCUGGAAAGAUGAAAGGCUUUGCUUCAAAGGCCCCAUGGAGAUGUUGCCCCUGAACAACCUGCUGGCCAGCAACAUCUGGACCCCCGACACCUUCUUCCUCAACGGGAAAAAGUCCAUCGCCCACAACAUGACCACGCCGAACAAGCUGCUGCGGCUCAAAGACGACGGGACGCUUCUGUACACCAUGAGGCUCACUAUCUCUGCGGAGUGUCCCAUGCAGUUGGAAGAUUUUCCAAUGGAUGCCCACGCCUGUCCCCUUAAAUUCGGAAGCUGUGAUCCCGGGCCACUGAGGCAGAACUCCCCAUACGGGAUGCUGACGCUUAUCUGGGACCGCUCUGUGGACUUAGUUUAA